AUGGAGGAAAUCAACCCGUAUUUAGACGAGAUAUACCGCUCUAAUGGUUUAAUAUACAGUGAUUUAGAGCAAGCAGGUGAAUCACCCUCAUCUAGGAGUAAUCCAAGCACGAGUAAACAGUCGAUAGAACCAAAACAAUCGAAUAAAGAGAUGAGUUAUCCCUGCGAGUACUGUGAUAAAUGUUAUUCAGGCAAACAUGGACGGUCGAUCCUCCGUCGACAUUUAUCAGAGAAACACGAUAUACCAUUGCGUGAUCAACCAAGACGUAGUCGGUGGGACACUGACAGUAGACGUCCAAAAUCAGAACAAGAGAGGCGAGACAGGAUGUUAGCAAGUAAGCGUAGAUGGGCAUUUAAGAAGCGACACGGAAAAUCCAAGGAAGACGUUGAACAAGAAGUAGAAACAAUGAAUAAAUACGAGAACGCUAGUACAACGAGUAAUACGAGCUUUACUAGUGAUAUUCCUUCGACAUAUAACCAAAGUCUAACACCAAAGCGUGUUAAAGUUGAAGAAGAAAAUGAAGAUGAUUACCCAACAACAUUACCACCUUUGAUCUAUCCAACAAAUGCACCACCAUCUAUACCAAGGUUUGAAGUAUUCAAAGAAGAGAGUACACCAUUUAAGUUACCAUCCAUAACACCAUUUAGACAAUCAAGCACGCAUAAUUUCUUUGCCAAUACACCACCAUCAACUUUAUUCAAAGAUAAAGGCAAUUUACAGAUGAGUUCACCCGCUAAUCCAGAUUUAGCGUCAAAGUUAGGAUUGGCACCUACACCGAAGAACGAUAUGUUUAGUCUAAACAAUUAUCAAGAAACUCCGGUAAAGAUACGCUCAAAAGUACCCUCUUUGAAGGAGUUAACGACACCAAACAAUAACAAAUAGCAUUUUCUAAAAGCAAUCAGGAACUGGAUGGAACUUAUACAUAUUUCUACUCUCAAACAAUUAUUAUACCC